GCAGGGAGCAGACAAGCGGCGCCGGGACGCUGUGUGGACCCGAGCCGGGCCCGCAGUAGUGGGCAGGGGCGGCUGUCUCCCCGGGGGCCUGGAGGCAGCCCUGGGCGGGUUGCUGCCCUGCCUCGUGUUCGGAACCAGCUGCGUCCCCACACUAAGCCCCUGGGGAUCGGGCAUCUCUCGUCUGUUCACACGCUUCACUUGCGUUGCGUAUAGUGGGGACAGCGUGCGGAGUGCGGAUCAGUUCCUUUGAGGCAGAGCUGGAGUGCAGCGUUAAGUGUCAGGGACUGGCAAGAACAGCUCCAGAAUUUCCAAAAGGAAAGUGGCACGUAUGGGUGUGCAGUAAGGAAAACCUCUGCUUAAUGAAACGUGGUAUAAUUGCCAGAAGAUAUCAAUUCCAUCAGUAUAGCAGGAUUUGGCAUCAUAUAUAUAAUGAAGGCAGUCCACAAUUACACUGCUGUAUUUUUAAUAAUUUUAUACGGUUAAAGGCUCUAUCUCCUUGUGCUUCAUGGCCAAAGCUAAGGAGGACACUUACCCUAUGGGCUGACUAUUUUAUAAUUGCCCAUUUGAAGAUACUUGCACUUUCCUUCGAAGCAUCUGGUACUGGCAACUGUCAGCAAUAGAAUGCAGGACUAAAUAGAUCGCCAGUCUGAUGGCAAUUCCAGUGUUAACCGUAACCCGUCCCUUUAAAACCAGGCAGAAGUCUUAUGGAUUGGAUUCGACUAAGUAAAAGUGGAAAAGACUUAACUGGAUUGAAAGGACGAUUAAUUGAAGUGACUGAACAAGAGCUUGCUAAACACAGUAAAAAAGAUGAUUGCUGGAUAUGUAUAAGAGGGCUUGUGUAUAAUGUCACUCCAUAUAUGGAGUAUCACCCUGGUGGUGACGAUGAGCUAAUGCGAGCAGCAGGAACAGAUGGCACAGAUCUCUUUGAUCAGGUUCAUCGUUGGGUCAAUUAUGAAUCCAUGUUGAAGGAAUGUCUUGUUGGAAGAAUGGCACUCAAACCUCUUGCUGCUACUACAGAGACUUGCUGCGCUUUACCUGAAGAGAAGAAACUCUUAAAUGGCAUGCUUCCUAAAAAUAAAGUAUUGGAUACUUCUUCCAAAGAUUUAACUCCAAGCUAUGAUUGGUUCCAGACAGAUUAUUUGGUCACUGUUGUCAUAUAUACUAAACAAAAGGGCAUGAAUUCAGAAAUGGUGAUUGUUGACUAUCAAGAUGGUAGACUGAGAAUAGACAGCAUUCUGAGGGAUUAUUCAUAUCUCUUGCAUAUUGAGCUGAGUUAUGCAGUUCAAGAGGACAUUGCCGUACACGUUGCUGAGAAAGUGGGAAAGGUGGAGAUUGUCCUGAAGAAAAAAGAUAAUAUUGCUUGGAGUAAACUUGGACAGCCACUCAGCAGUCAUAAUUCAUUUAUCAAGUGCACAGAAAGAGGGCUGUACUACAGAAAGUGCAAACUGAUUUCUAAAACAGAAGUCACCCAUGACACCAAACUUUUCUGCUUAAUGCUGCCACAGAGUACUCAUCUCCAGGUUCCUGUUGGGCAUCACAUUUACCUCAAACAAAUUAUUGCAGGUACUGAGAUAGUGAAGCCAUAUACACCUGUAUCUUUUUCUUUGAAAUCUGAUUUCAAAGAACCAUCUCACCAUGAUAGAACACACCUAAUUUUAAUGAUCAAAAUUUAUCCCAAUGGACUUUUCACACCAGAACUUGACCACCUGCAAAUUGGAGACUAUAUUUCCGUGAGCAAUUCUGAAGGUAGCUUCAAGAAGUUGCAAGUUCAGACUUUAGAAGAUCUCUUUUUAUUGGCAGCAGGCACAGGCUUCACACCAAUGGUUAAACUACUGAACUAUGUUCUGACUAAUGUUUGUAGUCUGAGGACAGUGAAGUUGAUGUUCUUCAACAAAACAGAAGAUGAUAUACUUUGGAGAAACCAGCUGGAGCAGUUAGCCCUGAAAGAUAAAAGAUUUGAGGUUCAAUUUAUUCUCUCAGAGCCAAAAAAAGAAGGGACUGGCAAACAGGGAAAAAUAUCUUCAUCUCUCCUUUCUGAGUUUGUGAAAAGAAGCAAAAAAGACUCCAAAGUACUUAUUUGUGUCUGCGGUCCAGCACCUUUCACAGAGCAAGGAAUACAGUUUCUGCAGGAUCUUGGAUAUUCCAAAGAAGAGGUCCAUAGUUUUACUGCAUAGAACAAUACGAGGAUAUGACUGUUUAAUUCAUCAAUCUUCUUUAUUUACAUUCAUAAAUAAGUUUAAAUUCUUAAAAAGAAAAAUAUUUUGUAUGCAUUAAAAUUUGACUCUUGGUAUCAAAAUAUUUCUUGAACGGUAUAUGCAUUUGGGGUAAAGGAAUUUUAUACUGUUUUCUUGCUUUUAUAUUUUUGCUAAUACUUACAGUUCAGCUAGGAUAUUAAUUUAUUGCAGAGGCAAGUAAAUAUGAACAGUGCAUAUUAGAUAUUUAAUUUUGUUAGCCUAGAACUCUUUCCUCAUAGCUCUGAUUUAUUACCAUCCUAAGUGCUGAUUAUAUAGAUUUUUACUUGAAACACUUUUCUUUACUGUAAAAUGUCUUAGCAAUACUGUCUGAAUUUAUAUAUUGCACUGUUAACUCAGGUAAAUGAUCACCUACACUAUGUUCUUAUUGGUAUCAUGAAACGGUGUUUUAUUUUUAAGUGAUCAAAACAUGUUCUUGUCCUUGUACAUAAUAUUGAUAAAUAAGGUGCUCAUAUGUAUGGCAAACUGUGAGUAAAGAUGCACUAAGUAAUAAAAAGGUAAAUAAAAUGCACACGGUGAGUGGUGUAUCACUGUCAUAAAUGAUGAAAUGGAAGACAGAUGGGAAGGAUGAUCCGGUGGGCAGGGCACUAGCCUAGGAUUUGGAGACCUGGGUCCAAGUUCAUGCUGCACCAUGGACUUCCUGUGUGACCUUAGGCAAGGCAUUUAGCCACAGUUCCUCAUUUCUGAAAUGAGUAUAAUAGCACUUCUUUGCUUCACCACUGGUGUGAGGAUAAAUACAUUUGAUUGUAAGAUGCUCAGGUACUACAGUGAUGAGGGAAUAUAUAAGUACCUUAGAUUAUGACAUAGAUUGCAAUACGUUAGAUUGUUUGGGUCUGUGCCUCUGUUCUCCAGUUAUUCAAGGUUAAGUAUUGGGUCAUAUGACCAUAAUUUACUACAGAGUGAUAUUUUGAAGAGACAGCAGAGAUAAUCAGCAAAACUAUUUACUUUUGCCUGGUUUUAGGAUUAUAUGGAAUCCCAGCUAUUGCAAGUAAUGUUGUCCAUAUACAAGCUUCUCUUGUGGCUUUUAAUAUUGUUGACAUGCUACUUUACAAAUCUGAAUGGGUAUAUCUGUUCUGCUUCAAAAUCCUUGUUAACACCAGGCUUGCAAUGGAAGCAUCCUUGAUUCAGCACACAUAAAAGGAGCAUUAGGGUGACAGUGAUGAGUUUGCCUUGAUGGCCUGUUUUGCUUAGCAAUAACACAGCAAGGCCUACUGAAGAAAAAAUAUAGUAGCUGAAACAGUCAGGCGCUUGCCUGGUUGCUGACUCUAUGACCUUGCUAGAUAAGACAGUGCUUGCAGAGUCUGGGAAAAAUGCUUGCAGACACUGUUCUGUAUGGA